GAAAAAAAUCAGCAGAUUUUAUUGGACGCACGGUUUGAGAAGGUCAAGAAAGGUCGAUUCGUAUAGCUGGUGCGGAAGCGGAAACAAUAUUUUGACGAAUUGGGCCGCUGACGAGCCCAACUACGUAAAAAACGCCUCUGAAAACUGCGUUCAGAUGGAAAUGGACAGAUCAGAAAACACGGUUUAUCUCGCAGACAAGAACUGUGCUUUAGUCAGUGUUUUAUCUUGCCAGGGACCGAUAAUUCCUAGAAAUUGCGAUUCUCCAGUCUGCCCAAAAGAUCCGUGCUUAAAAAAGGAUACUUAUUUUAAAACGCUGGCAGACAAACGUACUAAGGUUUUGAUAGAUCCGACAAAAUACGGAGUUUGGAUUACAAACGAUACACGUGUCUUCAUGAUAAGUCAUCCAAAUGAUGCAAGAUCUUUUGUAGACUCCCUUCAAGCGUGCUGUGCCGUGGGAUUGAAGCUUUUGAGUUUGCAUCAGGAUGUGUUGUACUCGAUUCUCGUCGGCGCCUUUAACAAUGCAAGCAUCCGAGGGGAGAAAUUCUGGACCGCAGCGACUGACGAAGGGUGCAAAAAGAUUUACGGCUUCUGCUCGUCCAGUAGACUAUUCCGCGAUAACUCUAGAUGGGCAAAAGGGCAACCUGACCUGAAAGAAGCGUACGGAACCUGUCUGGCCGUGUCCACAGACGGGUUUUUGCACGACGAAAUGUGCACCACAAAAAUGAGAUACGUUUGCGAGGGAAGGGUUCAAACGACCUCAUUAUUCGAUGCGGUGGAAAGAGAAUGCGCUCUGGAGUAUAAACUGACGAGCAGCGAAGUGAACAGACUUUUCAACUCGACGCCAGAGGAAUUAAGAGAAAAAUGCUUCUUAAAAUGCUAUGGCGAGGGAACUGGACUAAUCGUUGAUGGAAACCUUGCAACAGACACUAUAUUUUCCAUUUUUCAAAAAAUCACGGUGGACGACACUGAAAAAUUGCUAGACAUGUCCUCGACGGUUGACUUCUGCACAAAUGCUUCUAAGGGCAUGGAUCCGUGCGAUGUUUGUGCCAGUCUACUCCAUUGCGGUCAGGAAAAUUCUCCAAAUAUUAUAAAUGAUUUUGUGGAAACCGUAGAAUCAUCAAUAACAGAAUCUCCUCUUUUCUUGCCUCCUGUGAAAGGAGUCUGCCCUGAAUACGAGUGCUACAGAAAAGCCGAGCUAGCAGUUUAUGUGACUACGGCCCAGAAUUUCACCCUUUACCCCUACGGAUCCUCAAAUGUUUAUCAAGCGACGUUUGCGUGCAAUAAAAAAUUCUUUGCCUAUUCAACCACCUUAAAGCGAUCCCUGGCCGCAAAUAUGGCAUUUUGCUGUGACCGUGGAAUGCGGCUGGUCACAAUCGACUCUAAACAAAAAUAUGACUGCAUGGUCCAGAGCAAAAUUGUUUCCCUUCUUAAUGUCACAUCUGGAACGCUUUUCGCGGUGGCUGCUUCUCGUCUUGGAAAAUUAGAUCGGCCCACGUGGUGCUACUCGGACAAAGAAUUCGACCUGACUCUUGCACCGGACUUUUUAUCUAGUGACACUUUGGAAAACAACUACGCAAUUGCGUUCAGCUUUGAUCCGCCUUUCAAAAUGCAGGCGAAUCAAACUGUUUCAAAUAUUGUUUGUGAAGUUUGA